AUGACCAACAAGGUCGUUUUAACAGAGAAAGUAGACACCCACUACGGCAGCUGUUCGGUUGAUUGUGUUUUUAGCGGCUUCAAAACGGCGGGUACAGUUUUAAAAGUUGUUGGCGCAUCAUGGCAAAAGACCCGUAUUGGGACAUACAUUCUAAUCGGUGCUGGUUUGCUGGUGAUUGGUGCCUUCUUCAUUAGUUACAUUGAACGUCCAGAAUAUGAUGGUACAUAUUGUGCUACGGCAUUUUGGACCAAAAAGGUUGGCUUCCAAAUCGAAUACUGGAAGCAACAAAAUGAUCUUCUUAACAUUCCAAAAGGUGCUGCUAGAAUAUGUUACAAGGAUUCCAUCUAUGAGAAUGGUUGGGCCCAAAUUGAAAUCGAAACUCAACGCACAUUUCCCGAUUGGGUACAGGCCUAUGGUGCUGGCAUUAUAGAAGGAUCAUUAACCUGGAAACAGGUUUACCAUCAAUGGUUAAACACAAUUCAAUCAUCAUGCGAACGCGACGAAGAAGCCCAAAACUUUUGUACUUGGCUGCGUGAUCUGUUGACGGAGAACUAUGUCAAGAUUAAGGAGAAUGCAAUUUUAAGACAAGAGAACGAUCACUAUUGGCAUCAAAUCAGUUUGUACUUCAAUCAAUUGGAAGGUCUAGAAACUGGCUACAGACAAGGAGCAAAGAGAGCACGUUCUGAUCUGGAGGAGGAAAUACCAUUUCCCGACUUUCUGCUAAUGAAUUCGGCGGCCGAUAUACAAGAUCUGAGAAUCUAUUAUGAAAACUAUGUCGUUGCGGGGGUAAAUCAUACGGAGGAGGAUGAAACAACUGGGGCGGAAGGGGCUAAGAAUUUCAAUUUACCCAGCGCUACUAUGCUGACGAAAAUCUUUCAGGCAGACGAUUCGCCUACCUGGCAAUUGUUGUUUGGUCACAGCACGGCUGGGAGCUAUGCCUCCAUGUUGAGGAUUCAAAAACGCUACAAGUUUCAUUAUCAUUUUGGCCCAAAUCAAAGAACCAAUACUGUGCCUGGGGUGGAUAUAACUUUUACCGGUUAUCCUGGAAUAUUGGCCUCCACAGAUGAUUUCUAUGUGGUUAAGGGAAGACAGGUGCAAUCGAUUGUGGCUGGUGUGGGUAUGAAAAAUGAAAAUUUAGCUUUGUGGAAAACGGUGAAUGUUAAUGAAGCCAUGCCUUUGGCGGCCCGUGUCAUGGCAGCCAAUCGUAUAGCACAAAAUCGUAAAACCUGGGCUAAGGCCAUGUCGCGCCAUCCUUUCACCGGUUCCAAGCAAUGGAUAACAGUGGACUUGAAUAAAUUGGGACCUUUGGAUAAUCUAUACAAGACCCUGGAAGAAGAUGAGAACUUAGCUGACCAACCGGUAGCCUUAAAUCCCAAUGAUGAGGCCGCCAUUACAGAGCGUUUGAAUCGUUUCAAGGGACUAGUUUGGAUAGCCGAACAAUUGCCGGGUCGCCUGCACAUGAAGGAUGUUACCGAACAGUUUUUAAACGACAAUACCACCGCCUGGUUAGCUAAUGGAACACCCUAUUUUGACGAGAUUUUAGAAGCUAGUAAAGUACAAAGUGACACGUAUCCCGUCAAUCUCACACCCAGCGACAACGAGGAGCUGACAAACCUAGAAGCUGUUGACAAAUUUCUAAGAACUCAUGGUUUUCGUGGUGAUCUAUUGGGUGAAGAGUCUUCGGUGGCCUAUGGUAAUAUUGAUAUCAAACUAUUUGCCUACAAUGCUCGUUUGGGAGUAAGUGACUAUCAUGCUUUUGCCGGGCCGGUGUUUAUGCGUCUUCAGCACAUGCAAGUGAGAUCGGUGCCCGAGGAAACCUCACAGUCAGAGGGCACCAUAAAUUCCUCCAUAUUGGAUGAUCGUCUCAGUGUAACCAUAGACGAUGCUGCCGAAUUGGCUGAAUUGGAAAUGAUUACAGAGCGCAGGCCCGUUAGAAAUGACAUGAAGGCCUUAGCCAUGCGUCAAUCUGGCAUAGGACCUUUUCGAUGGUCUGCGGCUCAAAGUAAUAUGGCAGAUAUAGAGCAUGCCGGCCAUCCCGAUGAAUGGAAUUUUGGCAAAGUUACACCCAAAUGGGCGUGGUAGCCUAGCCAAUUAGUUAAUAAAUUACAUUUAGUUCUCAAUCAUUUCCAAAAACAAAAACACUAACAUCAUCAUCCCUCUUCUUAAGGCUCUGCUCAAAAAGCAAGAUGCGCUUUUUUCUAUAGUAGAAGAUUAUUAUUAGUAAAUUAACCACAAAAACAACUUGCAUUCAAUUCUAGCCACAUUUUCGAUUUUAAAAAAGCAAUUAUUUUUGCUUUUUUUUUAACAUUUUUAAAAAUUUUAAGUACGUUUUUUUUGUCUUGUAAAAAGUAAAUUUUGUGUAUAAAACUGGAUAAAAUUUUUUGUAUAGUAAACUUACAGCAUUUUCAAAAUUGUAUAAAUUAUAGGUACUUACUAUUUUUUGUGUAAAUUAUAUUUAUUAAUUAUGUACUAUUUUAUCUAUUUGCCAAAACUAAUAAUAUGUAGUUAAAUGUAACAAAAUAAAAUUGUGUUCGUCAAUAGUUUUAAAUGUGAUACAAACAAACUAAUUCAUUAAUUAGAGAAAUUUUGAUUAAAUAAAACAAAGUCUUCCAGUUUAUAGAAAUAAUUAUUUUUUUAUGUAGCAAAUUUAAUUAUAUACAAAAUAUUUAUAAUAACGUACAACAAAUGUUUUUUUUUUAUAUAAAUAAUGUAAAGAAGUAACAAAAAAACCUAAAUUAUGAAAAGAAUCAAACAAAGAAAUAAACAACAAAUUUUUACUGAACGAAAAAAA